GCUUAUCGGUGACCCCGUUACUUGAUUCCCGCGUAUCGCGAUUUCUCGAUCCUUUGAUGGCCUUCCUUACAGCUCGUUGUGGCAUCACGUCUGCGAGCCUUCCAAAAUGGUAAGUGCGCGAGCAUGACGAGCUGUCCAGUGGAGCAAGAAGGCUCGCACGGCCGUAUAUAUUGCAGUGAUGGGCUCGUUGGUCUCACAAAGUGGUAUCAGUCCAGCAACGCUAUGACCCAGCGCCAUCAUUUAGAAGCGGCAACGUGCCCCGAGAGCGAAAAUAGAACUUGCUUCACCUAUAUCGAUACAUAUUCAUCAGCAGUAUUGGACUCUGAGAAACGAUGCUUGAACUGUUUGCGACUCUCAGACGCUAGCAACGCGAGGACGGAGGAUCAAUCAGAUGGACAAACUUAUUUCUGGUGGUAUCCGCCUGGGCGCACUGCCGCCGAAGGAUCGGCAGAGAGGAACAACAAUGUCUUCAAGACCGGCCAGGAGAAGACGUUCCAUACGAGUGGCUAUGCCACGGAGCCCAAAUCCUCCCCUGAGGAGUCGAAGGAGAGCCAUGACCUGAAAGUAUCCAAGGAAAUGCCUGGCAGCUGAAUGAGACGUCUUCUCC